UCAGCUUUGCCUGCUUGAAAGUUGAAACGGCUUUCUCCUCUCUCCUCUCUCUCUCUCUCUCUCAUCUUCACUUCACAUACUUUAAACACCCUCUUUUUAAUGCGCUCUCUCUCUCUUCUUCCUUUCUGCACCCCCCACAUUGUAAGGGUGAGCAAACAGAGUGGGUUUCCAGGUGUUCUUUUUCCUAUCUUCUUUCAACUCCCCACUUAACCAUGGCAAAGAAGAAGCCACUUUCAUCCCCACCAAAGCUAAACAAUCUUUCAUUGUUUUUCUGCAAGCUGUCCACCAAUACUCUCCUUAUUUUGUGCCUUCUAGUUUAUAUCCAGUUCAAUCCCCAUCACAACAACCACUUUCCUCAUGAUCCAUCAUUCUCUUCAAACUUUGAGACCUUCCAAGGUACCCCUAAGAUUGCUUUCCUCUUCCUCUUCCUCCCUCUUGACUUCCAUGGGACAACUUCUUCAGAGUAUGUUUCCGUAUCUUUCUCAUUUCAUCUGUAUUGUGGUUGCUUCCCUUUGUUUCUUUCGAACAUUAUGUCUCUAAUUUUUAUUUUUUGCGGGUUGCAGAAUGCUGAUGAUGGAAAAUUCUCAGUCUAUGUUCAUUCCGGGCCUGGUUUUGUGUUGAAUGAGACAACCACAGACUCCGAAUUCUUCCAUGGUCGACAGCUGAACAAGAGUGUUCAGGUAGUAUGGGGUGAAUCAACCAUGAUCGAAGCUGAAAAGUUGUUGCUCGGGGCUGCUCUUCACGAUCCAGCCAAUCAGAGAUUUGUUCUUCUCUCUGACAGCUGUGUACCUUUGUACGACUUCAGCUACACUUACAGCUACAUAAUGUCCUCCCCCAAGAGCUUCGUUGACAGUCUGUUGUGUGCUGCUGCAGCUUUGUUGAUGAGUCAAGAGGUCGUUAUGACCCUGACAUGUCUGCUACAAUUACCAGAAGUAAAUGGCGAAAAGGAUCACAGGUCUGGAUUUACUAAGCAGUGGAUCACUUUGGUGAGAAAACAUGCUAAAUUUAUUGUUAAUGACAAUUUCGUCUAUCCCAUCUUCAAGAAGUACUGCAAGCGAUGGAAAGCUUGCAGGAACUUGCCUAAGAAAAUCCUGCAGAUUCUGAUGAAUGAGGUGGAACACGAGGUGGAAAGGAGGACACUGACCUACACACUGUGGGACAGUUCCACAGCGAAAGACUGGAGGCAAAUGUGGCACCCAGUGACUUUCAAUCACCCUGACGCAGCUCCCCAAAGGAUCAAAGAAAUCAAGGGAAUCAAUCACGUCCGAUACGAGAGCGAGAACCAGAUAGAGUGCUGCAAGGUGGCUAACAUCUACUCAACGUGCUUCCUCGUCGCCAGGAAGUUCAGCUAGUGAGCAGCUGUGCGGCUUCUGAAAGAUGGUGUGUUGGGUUUCCUCAAUCCAGACGCUGCAUUGUUGUUGAGCUCUGCAUCGUUCUUUCUGAGGGGGAGGGGCGAAUUUAUGGUCUACACGUUAAACUUUUUCUUCCAAAAGAUUUUCAGUUGAUUGCUUAAAAGAAGCAUUGCUUUUUCAGUGUAAUUUGAGCCUUGAACUCUAAAUGAGAGAUGGAGAAAUUAGAAAGCAGUUGAAUGAUGGUGCGCUUGGUUCCGAUGAUCCGGAGGCUGGCAGAAUUAUCAUGAUCAAUCCACCCGGCAGGCUGGCAGUAGCUGGUGGAUAUUGACAGAGACCAUAUUAUUUGGUGUGUAGAGCUACUAUCUCCUCUUUAUAUGCCUUUGGGAUGACUGAUUUUAUGUCCAAACACAAUGUUUCGAUGGAUGUUCGAUAAUAUAUUUACUUUUGUUAAUG